AUGGCAGCCGAGUCUUUGCCUUUCUCCUUCGGGACACUGUCCAGCUGGGAACUGGAAGCCUGGUAUGAGGACCUGCAGGAGGUGCUGUCCUCAGAUGAAAAUGGGCGUGCCUAUGUCUCACCCCCUGGAAAUGAGGAGGAAGAAUCAAAAACCUUCACCACUCUUGACCCUGCCUCUCUGGCGUGGCUGACUGAGGAGCCAGGACCAGCAGAGGUCACAAGCACCUUCCAGAGCCCUCGCUCUCCAAAUUCCAGUCAGAGCUCCCUGGCUCAGGAGGAAGAGGAGGAAGACCAAGGAAUACCCAGGAAACGGAAACGGAGUGGUCAGUCCCCGGCCCGGGCUGGAAAGCAACGCAUGAAGGAUAAGGAACAAGAGAAUGAAAGGAAAGUGGCACAGCUAGCUGAAGAGAAUGAACGGCUCAAGCAGGAAAUCGAGCGUCUGACCAGAGAAGUGGAGGUGACUCGCCGAGCUCUAAUUGACCGAAUGGUCAAUCUGCAUCAAGCAUGAACACUUGGGACCAUCACUUCCCCCUUGAGCCAGUACCAUCUUUUCCCAGAGGUGGCUACUAACCACCUUCUUAUGAGUGUCAAUGAUGUGACCCUUAACCCCAUACCUACAGUAGAGGGAAAGCUCUGGGUAGACAAGAAGAAAGGGUCUCAGCAUGUAUAUAGAGAUUGCAUAUUUAUUUAUUACUGUCCAUAUCCAUUAAAGUGACUCUAUAAGUCAA